AUGACUACUAAAUUAUCCGUAGCAUUGAUACCAGUCGGUGUCCGUGGUAUGAAAGUACUUGACCGUCAGAAAUUUUUGCGUAACGUAAUAGUACCGAUACUUAAAGUGUCUGAAGAAAAAGUGUCUAAUAUUACCCCAAUAUGCAAGAAUUAUCUGCUGAAACUUGAAAAUUUUAAGCCUGUUCAGUCUUUACAUGGUGAUAUUGAAGGUUCAAAUAGGAAAUGCAUCCAUUUAAAUCCUGAGAAGAUCAACCGAUGGAAGGACAUCACUGAAGAGGAUCGCCAAUCUCUCAAGAAAUAUGAUGUAACGGAAGAAAAUUUCGACUCAAAGGAAAUACAACUUACAUAUGAAAAUUUUAAGUAUGAUGUAAUUUUCAAGACAGUGCUACCUGAAAAUGAAGAUAUUGUCAGUGGCUUUUCUCAAAUAGGUCAUAUUAUUCAUUUAAAUUUACGUGAUCAUCUCCUAGAUUAUAAACCUCUGAUUGGCCAAGUAUUACUUGAUAAAAUCAAAACUUGCAGAACUGUAGUUAAUAAGAGUAAUAUAAUUGAUAAUACCUACAGAAACUUCAGUAUGGAGGUCAUUGCAGGCGAAGAAGAUUUUGUUGUCACCGUAAAGGAAAACCGCUGCAACUUCCAGUUUGAUUUCUCAAAAGUAUAUUGGAAUCCACGUCUUGGUAAAGAACAUGAGAGAAUUUUGCAAUUUCUAAAGCCUGGGGAUGUUUUGUUUGAUGUAUUUUGUGGAGUGGGUCCAUUUGCAAUACCAGCAGCAAAACACAAGUGUAAAGUAUUUGCUAAUGAUUUAAAUCCUGACUCAUUCACUUGGUUAAACCACAAUGCUAAACAAAACAAAGUUGACAUGUCUCUUUUUAACUCAUACAACCUAGAUGGGAAAGAUUUUAUUUGCACAGUCUUUAAAGAUUAUAUAGUUAAGUUAUGCCAAGGUAAAGAAGAGUUAAAUGAAAAUACUACAAUACAUAUUACAAUGAAUUUACCAGCUAUGGCUGUUGAGUUUCUUAAAUAUUUCAAUGGUUUAAUCAAUGAUCAAUCACUUGUUGACAAAUAUAACUUUAAAAUCCUUGUUCAUGUAUAUUGUUUUGUUGUUGGGGGUGAUCCUUAUAAUGUAGCUGAACAAUCAGUUAAGGGAAACAUUGUUGACACAUAUGGUAUUCAUAUAAGUGUAUUCCAUGUGAGAAAUGUGUCGCCCAAAAAGGAAAUGAUGCGAGUCACAUUUAAAUUAACAAGAAAUAUAAUUUUUGGACUGAAAACCGAACUUGAAUUUGAUGAGCCUCCAUCAAAAAAGUUAUGUGUUGAAGAAAAAAUGUAA